UAUCGGUUCUACAAGUUGAGCCGAAGCGGGUUUGAACUUUUGUGCUGCAAAUUUUGUUCCCAGUAUACACAUAGGGCUCGAUGAAUCGUUACCGGAAUGCGCCCGGCCUUAGAGGCCCUUCCAAGGCUACUGCCAGCACUCUCUGUCAGAAAUGCUUGAAACGAGGGCACUAUAGCUAUGAAUGUACAGUUACCGCUCAGGAACGGCCAUACCAAUAUCGCCCUUCGCGUACACAGCAGUUACAGAACCCGAAAUUACGACCGCAGCUUUCAACGGACGUUCCGAAUUAUCUAUUGGGCUCGGAAGGUGUGGCCGAUGACCUUCUGGCAAAACGAGAAGAAGAGAGGGGCCGUAAAAGAGACAUAGAUGAAUCAGACCCUCUUGAUAAUCCAGGCAAGACAUCAAAGAGGGCUAGAUCAGCGUCUUCGCAUUCUGUGAGCUCGGUGUCUACGAUAUCUACCAGCCAGUCUCAUUCACAGUCCCCACCUCGCCGUAGAGGGUACGCUACAAGAGGUGACUUAGAUGGGACGAAGUCAACCACCUCUCAUAAUGCAAAGUUGAGAAAGAGACAAUACAGCGAUUCGUCUUCUGGUCAUUCUGUCCAUUCUCAUUCAUAUGACGAAAGAGACCGCGCUCGCUCUAGAUCACGUGAAUGGGUAGGUGACAGGAACACCAGACGGAGGCGUCGAGAGUCUAGCCCCGAGGAGCGAGGGCGAGCUAGAAACCUGUCAAGAGGUGGCAGCCGAAGAGGUAGGACUCGAAGCCGGAGCUUUAACCAGAGUCGAGUCGCAAGAGCGAGACGGUCCGUAACGCCAGAUACAAUGCAUAACCUGAACCGCCCUGGAAGACCUCCGAGAGACGCUCCCAGUCAUUCAGGCCAUUCCGAUGGACGACACAGUCGAGCCGGUAAUGGACAGUCUGGACGCGGUCAAAACCAGCCUGCACCUCCGCCUCGGAGAGAGCGAAGUCUCAGCCCAUACAGUAAACGCCUUGCAUUGACCCAGGCCAUGAAUAUCGGCCGUUAGAGCAUAUGAGAAAUCGGCAAAGGCAAAAAGAAAGAAAAAAAAAAAGAACAAAAA